UGUCAAGGAAAAGAAGAGGGUGGGAGGGACGCAGCUGUGCACAUUUUACUGGUGCCGUAGGGAGUACAAGCCUUUUCACAUAUUCAUCCUGUCGGGAGAAGAUGCACUCUUUGACUGAAAGAAAUGCAAAGGAACUCUAAUGUAUCUAAAUGUGGACUUCGCUCAAUCUCCUUGCCUAAGCCAGCCAGAUGAACACACACACUACAGUCAACAAGGCCAAGAUAAGGCAUCUGUGCUCCUGCCUUGUCCUGUGCUUGCAAUUGGCCUCUGGUGCUGUUCCUGGUCCAUGUCAAUAUUCUGUGACUGAGGAACAUCUCCUGACUUUAAGAAAACUGAUUAUGAACCAAGUCCAAAGUGGCUGCUCUAUAUCCUUUAAGUUUACCGAACGCCAGCACCUGAGUGAUGUCUGUUACAUUAAAGCAGCAUUGCCUCACAUCCUGGACCUUUUGCUCAAACACUUCACAUAUGAAAAUGGUUCUGAUAACUAUUACUACACAAGCUCACUAAAGGACUUGAUCCACAACAUUUAUUCCAAUAAAUGUGUCCCACCUGUUAAUGAAGAAAUCGAGGAAAAUCCAGUGACGUUUGCCAGACUAUACUGGUCUUUGCCCAGGGAAGGUCUAGAAAAAACAGAGGAGGUAUUUCAGAUGUACAAAAAGCUGAUGAGUGAAAAUGACAAAGCAGUGAACUGGAACUGUGAGGAUGAGUAUGCGAAUAAUGUUUUAGAAGCCACCACUGUGCUUCCCACCCAAACUACAGGUACCACAGAGUGCGAGUGCUCUUGUCCUCACACUAUGAAGGCAUUUUUGUUCACCACAUCUGCUCCAGCUGCAUCCCCAUCAUCUCCCCACACCCAAUCAGGAGCGUACACCUUCAAGAACAACUAUGAAGAACCUAGCGCACCUGAGCCUGCAGACAAAGUUAAAACAUCAAACUCAACUCCAAAUCAGAUUUCUGCACUUUCACCAUUUCCUGGUCCUUUAAGACUGCUCACAAAACCUGAACUCAUUCAUGAGGAAUCUACAAAUUUCAUUACUUCUUCCACUCCAAAUGUGAUGGAUAACAGCAGUGACUCUUCUGUAGCGAUGGGGAGUGAUGCGCAACCAGUUACAUCCUCUCCCAUAUCAUCCACAAGUGAAUUAACAAGCAUAACAACAGGAACUGAUCUCUUAUCAGCAACAUCACAGCCAUCUGAAAAAAACAACACACCACUAAUUUCUAAAAGGGACCCAGUGCUUUCCAAGAGAUCCUUAGAUAACAGAGAUCAAGGAAUGCAUUCUGAUUCCUCCCCCAAUCUGCUCUGGAGCUGGAUUACCAAAGGAAUUAGGGUGAAUAAGAUGGUCAAAGUCUUAGAAAUCACACCGGGAGAAACAGAAAACCAGCCUGUUGAUCAUGUUGAACAGAACAGUCCUACACAACUACAUAUUCACAUGGACAAGUCCUUACUAGGGAAUGUGUUUAAAAUCAUCAGCAAGGAUCCAAACUGCAAAGAUUCCAGAUGUGAUAAGAGCACUGAAGACAGAUCAGAUCAGAGUUCCAGAGGCCGUGUAGAGAGACACACUGGGGAAAAAGAGUACCAUCUUGUGCACAUCUCUGUGUAUUCAACAUUCCUGAUUACAGCUGCUUGUGUAUUACUGCUGUUCAUCACUGCCGUUUUCUACUACAAGCAGCAGCGGAUCAAGAAUCUACAAAAGGAAGUCAGGACUCUACACCUAUGAGGAAACAGGAAAUUCGGAUGAUGCUGCUUCCUGUUGAACAUGUGACUUGUGGAAUAUUUCAAAUAUUUCAUAGGAGUGACUGUGUUCAUUUAACAAGGUUGAGUGAAUGUUGUGGAACAGAAUAGUGUACAUUUUUCAUAAAAUAAAACAGAUUACUAAUAUUAAAGGAUGCUUUAUUCAUAGCACAAACACACACAGACAUACGCAUAGCAAAAGCAAUAUUAUUUUUUUAAGUAUUAUUAUACAGUAUAUGAACUUAAAGUUAUAUUGGGCUUAGACUGUCAUAAAAUUAAAAAUGCUGUGUUGCAGAUUAUUAUUAUUAUUAUUAUUAUUAUUAUUAUUAUUUUAUUUUUUUAUUUUUUUUAAAGUUAUUUAUCUACAAAUGCACAAACCUUGUUGUGAAAGACACAUUUAUUGCACAUAAAAUGUUUAAAAUGUUUUUUUGUUUUGUUUUUUUACCUUUUCUUAUCUUGCAGAAUGUGUUAAAAGUCUUUCUGAUGAAACUUUCUGUAUUAAAGCCUAAUACAAUUAGAUAAUAAGUGAAUCUGGUGAUACAAAAAUAUAAUAAAAUGAUCACCUGGUUUUAACUAAGUAA